CUUCUUCAUGCCCGGAUUUGAGGAUCCUGCAAGCGCUCACCGCGUGAUCCGGCACCCUGUUACUGAAUGAUUAUAUUCAGCAAAGAAAAGAAAAAAAAGAAAAAAACAGGAACCGUGUGGAUACUGCCCAAGCGGUGAGGGCCGCCUCUGGUUACUGUCUGCAAGAGGAAAACACAAAAUCUAGCGUGAAGGCUGGAAUUCUAAGCGCUUCUUCGUCCUUUUUUAAAUUUAAAUUAAUCAAUUUAUUGACAAUUUAUAUUCGAUGCACUUUCCGGAUUUUACUCUGUAAUUCACUGCCGACUUGGAGGCGUCUAUCCUGAUGAAGUAUCGGCAGAGGGAGGAGGAAACCAAAGAGAGGAAGGAAACGAGGAUAACGUCACGAAGACUCGGAGUAAAACGGACUGAGAAUAGUGUUUAAUGGACGAUCCCUGAUGCGGGCCGGGGAAAGAGCUGGGGCCAAUUCCGUCUGUUUACGCCGUAUUGGACGAAGAUGUUUUUGUUAGGUUGUCGUGUGUGAAAAGUGGAAACGAUCUGGAGAGGAAACAGCAGCUCGGCAGCAGCAGAUAUCAUCUUGUGUGUGUGUUUUUUCCUCAGGAGCUCCGCUAAAGCAGAGAAAUGGAAAUGUGUGCAGCCCUCCUCCGGUUGCCUGUUUACUGAAGGGUUUGGAAACAGGCUGAUCGUGACACACGGAACUUUUAAAGUGGAUCUCCCGUGAACUUGAUUUUUAAUGACUGAAAAAGACUUGUAGUUAAAUCCUCCGCGGGAUUUGUCCUUUUUUCCUUUUUUUUUUUUGAGGGGGGGACGUUGCUUUCAGUUUUUCUUUCUUUCUUUUUUUAUUUUCCUUUGCAGCAGGGGGAGGAAAAAAGGGCAGGAAAAUCAUCGGGAGAAUUAACAGCAGGUGACACCUCGGACAGUUUCAAAAUGAGUGAGCUGGAACAGCUUCGUCAGGAGGCCGAGCAGCUUCGGAACCAGAUACGAGACGCCAGGAAAGCAUGUGGAGAUUCAACCCUGACACAGAUAACUGCUGGUCUGGAUCCUGUGGGGCGGAUCCAGAUGCGGACAAGACGCACCCUCCGUGGCCACCUGGCCAAGAUCUAUGCCAUGCACUGGGGUACAGACUCUAGGCUUCUGGUUAGUGCCUCACAAGAUGGAAAACUGAUUGUCUGGGACAGCUACACAACUAACAAGAUACACGCCAUCCCCCUGCGCUCCUCCUGGGUAAUGACCUGUGCGUACGCUCCCUCGGGGAACUACGUGGCCUGCGGAGGCCUCGACAACAUUUGCUCAAUCUACUGCUUGAAGACACGCGAGGGCAAUGUCAGGGUCAGCAGGGAACUACCUGGCCAUACAGGUUACCUGUCAUGUUGCCGUUUCAUUGAUGACAAUCAAAUCAUCACGAGCUCAGGAGACACCACAUGUGCACUGUGGGAUAUCGAGACGAGUCAGCAGACCACAGUUUUCUCGGGCCACACCGGUGAUGUCAUGAGUCUGUCCCUUUCGCCCGACCAGCACACCUUCGUGUCGGGAGCCUGCGACGCUUCAAUCAAACUGUGGGACAUCAGGGACAGCAUGUGCCGGCAGACCUUCACGGGCCACGAAUCGGACAUCAACGCUGUCUGUUUCUUUCCCAAUGGCAGCGCCUUUGCCACAGGCUCUGACGAUGCCACCUGCAGGCUGUUUGACCUCCGCGCAGACCAGGAGCUAGGCCUCUACUGCCAUGACAACAUCAUCUGUGGCAUCACCUCUGUGGCUUUCUCCCGCUCCGGGCGCUUGCUGCUGGCUGGUUAUGACGACUUCAACUGCAACAUAUGGGAUGCUAUGAAAGGAGACAGAGCAGGAGUCCUGGCAGGCCAUGACAAUCGCGUGAGCUGUCUGGGCGUGACGGAUGAUGGCAUGGCGGUGUGCACCGGGUCCUGGGACAGCUUCCUCAAGAUCUGGAACUGAGCCAUGCACAUAAACAGCGAACCACACACGUCCAACAGACACCGCUCUUAUCUUGGGACACAGUUUGCACCCUGUACUCUCACUGUAUGUAAGAUUCCACAGACGAACCGCAACAUUAUACUGUACAUAAUAUAUAUGACUUAGAUAUGAG